AUGAGAGCUUCUGUUACUCCUACUCCUGUUGCUCCUCCUAGUAUGCCUUGUUACUCCUACUCCUGUUGCUCCUCCUACUCUUUAUCCUCCUGCUGCACCUACUCCACCUCCUGCUGCUGCACCUACUCCACCUCCUGCUGCACCUUUUCCUGCUGCUGCACCUACUCCACCUCCUGCUGCUGCACCUACUCCACCUCCUGCUGGUGCACCUACUCCACCUCCUGCUGCUCCACCUACUUCACCUCCUGCUGCACCUACUCCACCUCCUCCUGCUGCACCUACUCCACCUCCUGCUGCUGCACCUACUCCACCUCCUGCUGGUGCACCUACUCCACCUCCUGCUGCUCCACCUACUUCACCUCCUGCUGCACCUACUCCACCUCCUGCUGCUGCACCUACUCCACCUCCUGCUGGUGCACCUACUCUACCUCCUGCUGCUCCACCUACUUCACCUCCUGCUGCACCUACUUCACCUCCUGCUGCACCUACUCCACCUCAUACUGCUGCACCUACUCCACCUCCUGCUGCUGCACCUACUCCACCUCCUGCUGCACCUUUUCCUCCUCCUGCUGCUGCACCUACUCCACCUCCUACUGCUGCACUUACUCCACCUCCUACUCCACCUCCUACUGCUGCACCUCCUCCACAUCCUGCUGCUGCACCUCCUCCACCUCCUGCUGCUGCACCUACUCCACCUCCUGCUGCUGCACCUACUCCACCUCCUGCUGCUCCACCUACUUCACCUCCUGCUGCACCUCCUCCACCUCCUGCUGCUGCACCUCCUCCACCUCCUGCUGCUGCACCUACUCCACCUCCUGCUGCUGCACCUUUUCUUCCUCCUGUUUCAGUAGUGUCUGA